GAAAAAUUUUGUCUCCGCGCCCAGAUUCCACCCAUUGACAGAAUAGGAUUGACUCCAUACUCAUAAAGGUUCGCAGGUGAGCGAUCCCUUAAAACCAACAGUCCCACCUCAGAGGUCUUGUUAACUGCAAUGGUGUUUUCCUGGAGAGGAGGCCCAGGAGCCCCGCGACUGCUGGUCUCGCUUCUGCUCCUCGCAGUUUGGGAACCCGGGAGCGGCCAAGUCCACUACUCGGUCCCGGAGGAAGCUAAACACGGCACCCUUGUGGGCCGCAUUGCGCAAGACCUCGGGCUGGAGCUGACCGAGCUGGUGCCCCGCCAAUUCCGGGUGGCGUCCAAAGGCCGCCGACACCUUUUAGAGGUAAAUCUGCAGAAUGGCAUUUUGUUUGUGAAUUCUCGGAUCGACCGCGAGGAGCUGUGCGGGCGGAGCGCGGAGUGCAGCAUCCACCUGGAGGUGAUCGUGGACAGGCCGCUGCAGGUUUUCCAUGUGGAGGUGGAGGUGAAGGACAUUAACGACAACCCGCCGGUGUUCAGAGAAGGAGAACAAAAGGUAUUGAUUUCUGAAUCUGCACCUCUGGAUUCUCAUUUUCCUCUAGAGGGCGCUUUCGAUGCGGAUAUUGGCGUAAACUCUCUUCUGACCUAUACGUUAGGUCUAAAUGAAUAUUUUACUCUUAAAAUAAUAACGAAAAAUGAUAAAAGUAUAUUGCCUGAACUAGUUCUACGGAAGUCAUUGGAUAGAGAGGAAACUCCAGAACUUAAUAUAUUGCUGACCUCCCAGGAUGGCGGUAAACCCGAGCUAACAGGAUCCGUUCAAAUUAAAAUAAACAUUCUGGAUGUGAAUGACAACGCUCCGGAGUUUGGUAAGCCUGGCUAUAAAGUAGCGCUGUUUGAAAAUGUCCCAAAUGGCACGAGAGUGAUUCAGCUAAACGCUUCUGAUCUAGACGAAGGGGUGAAUAGAGAAAUUUCCUAUGGAAUCAGACUGAUUUUGCCAGUGAGUGAGAAAUGUACCUUUACAAUAAAUCCAGAAACAGGUGAAAUCAGAAUGUACGGGAAAUUGGAUUUUGAAGAGAAUAAUGAGUACGAAAUUCAGGUUAACGCCGUUGAUAAAGGGAUUCCUUCCAUGGCAGGUCACUGUACAGUCCUAGUGGAAAUUCUGGACCUGAAUGACAAUACCCCUGAAGUUAUGAUCACUUCUCUGGCACUCCCCGUGCGAGAGGAUGCUCAGGUGGGCACCGUCAUCGCCUUGAUCAGCGUGUCCGACCGUGACUCUGGCGCCAACGGGCAGGUGACCUGCUCACUCACACCCCAAGUCCCCUUCAAGCUGGUGUCCACCUUCAAGAAUUACUAUUCGCUGGUGCUGGACAGCGCCCUGGACAGAGAGAGCGUGGCGAACUACGCUCUGGUAGUGACCGCACGCGACGGAGGCUCGCCUUCGCUGUCGGCCACGGCCAGCGUGUCCGUGGAGGUGGCCGACGUGAACGACAACGCGCCGGCAUUCGCGCAGCCCGAGUACACGGUGUUCGUGAAGGAGAACAACCCGCCCGGCUGCCACAUCUUCACGGUGUCGGCGCGGGACGCGGACGCGCAGGAGAACGCGCUGGUGUCCUACUCGCUGGUGGAGCGGCGCGUGGGCGAGCGCGCGCUGUCGAGCUACGUGUCGGUGCACGCGGAGAGCGGCAAGGUGUACGCGCUGCAGCCGCUGGACCACGAGGAGCUGGAGCUGCUGCAGUUCCAAGUGAGCGCGCGCGACGCGGGCGUGCCUCCCCUGGGCAGCAACGUGACGCUGCAGGUGUUCGUGCUGGACGAGAACGACAACGCGCCCGCGCUGCUGCCGCUGCCCCUGCCCCUGCCCCUGCCCGGGGCGCGCGGCGGGGGCGGCGCGCUGAGCGAGCCGGUGUCGCGGGCGGUGGGCGCGGGCCACGUGGUGGCCAAGGUGCGCGCGGUGGACGCGGACUCGGGCUACAACGCGUGGCUGUCGUACGAGCUGCAGCCGGCGGCGGGGGGCGCGCGCAGCCCGUUCCGCGUGGCGCUGUACACGGGCGAGAUCAGCACGACGCGCGCCCUGGACGAGGCGGACGCGCCGCGCCAGCGCCUGCUGGUGCUGGUGAAGGACCACGGCGAGCCGGCGCUGACGGCCACGGCCACUGUGCUGCUGUCGCUGGUGGAGAGCGGCCAGGCGCCCAGGCCGUCGUCGCGGGUGUUGGCGGGCGGCGCGGGCGCGGGCGCGGGCGCGGGCGCGGCGCUGGUGGACGUCAACGUGUACCUGAUCGUCGCCAUCUGCGCGGUGUCCAGCCUGUUGGUGCUCACGCUGCUGCUGUCCACGGCGCUGCGGUGCUCGGCGCCGCCCAGCGAGGGCGCGUGCGGGCCGGGGAAGCCCACGCUGGUGUGCUCCAGCGCGGUGGGGAGCUGGUCGUACUCGCAGCAGAGGCGGCAGAGGGUGUGCUCUGGGGAGGGCCCGCCCAAGGCCGACCUCAUGGCCUUCAGCCCCAGUGUUCCUCCUGCUUCAGGUUCUGGAGAUAGUGGAGAACAACAGAUUUUCCGGAAUGAGGUGAGUACAGUAAUUCUGGAAUGUAUUUAAUUCCUGUUGAGGUCAAUCGCAGAGUAUGUUCAGUGAUAUUACUGUAAGUUGAUUGCUCCAGAUACUGGAUUUAGUUUCAGCCUUACCUUUGGGAUAAGGUGCUUCAGAUAAACUACAUUUUUCCUUAUU